AUGUUGACACUCGUUCUCUCCGGCCUUGUAGCACUUAUUCAAGCUGCUCCCGGCAAAAACGUUGCACCACCUGAUGAGGCGGCGGACAUACCUGCCAACCUGUUGCGCGACUUGCAUACCGCCAAAGCCUUUGCCAAGCGCGUAUCUGGCCCUCAACAGAUUCUCUCCAACUGGACUGCAGCGGGCUCUGAUUUGUGUUCGUGGAGUGGUUUUUACUGCGAUAUCGUCCCCAACACCAACGCUUUGGGCCUCGCUUCCAUUGAUUUCAAUGAGUUUGGACUGGCUGGCAACCUCAAAUUGACUGGCUUUAUCGACAAGCUUACUGACCUUGCCCUCUUCCAUGCCAAUGGCAAUGGUUUCAGUGGCGAGGUACCCGAUCUCAGCAGGCUGCAAUACCUGUACGAGAUCGACUUGAGCAACAAUGAAUUCUCUGGACCUUUCCCCCAGAGUGUGCUGAGGGCCAACCUCUUAGGGUUCCUCGAUCUCCGCUUCAAUCAGUUCAGCGGUGCCAUCCCUGACAAUGUCUUCACCGCCUACCCUAGUCUUGAUGCCCUCUUCUUAAACGACAACAAGUUCUCGGGCCAAAUUCCCAACACCAUUGGCUCUUUCCCCGGCGAAUACCUUGUUCUUGCCAACAACCACCUCUCGGGCUCCAUCCCUGACUCCCUGGCCUCUGCUAUACAACUCAAGGAAUUUUUAGCUUCCGGGAACAGGUUGUCCGGCUCCAUUCCUGAUGCCAUCGGUUACCUCCCCAACCUCGAACUCUUCGAUGUCUCCAACAACAAGCUGACUGGUACUGUUCCUGAGAUGCUCUGCGCCAGCAAGUCUCUCCAGAGCAUUGUGCUGACUGGUAACAAACUUUCCAAAAACCUUGGUCCCAUCUGCCAGGCGUCCAAGGCCAAUGGCAUUUUGCAGAUUUAG